ACCGCUGCUGCCGCCGCUGCCACCGCGAGAGGAGCAAUGUCUGAGGUGAGACCCGUCUCCACGGACCUCCUCAUGGAGACCUUCCCGUUCGAGCAUCUCCUGGACCCUCUGAUCCUGGAGGUUCUCAGCAUCAUGGACAACGAGGAGAAUCCCGACCCCUCGGGGUGCCUCGAGGACAGUGACGAGGUGGCCCUGCGGCUAGCCUGCAUUGGGGAUGAGAUGGACCUGUGUCUCAGGAGCCCCCGCCUGGCCUGGCUGCCCGGGAUGACCAUGCACAGCCUGGGGCUGGCGCUGUCCUGUGACCAGCCGGUCCGCUGGGGCGUGCUCGGGAGCCUUAGCGACGGUUUCGCCAACCUCAGGGAGUACGUGGCCAGGCUCUGGAGGUCGCUCAGCCCCCGGCCCUGGGUGUGCCCCGCCCCGGCGUGGGAGCAGGUGCUGCUGCUGCUGCUGGUGCUGCUGCUGCUGGGCGGGGGCCUGCACCUGCUGCUCAAGUGA